UGCUGACUUCAGAUCGACCAGACGGCAGCCGAGGCUAGCUGGGGAUGUUAGCCAGCCAGUUGGCUUAGUACUCAAGUGAUAGGUUAAGUCACUCAGAAGUUAUCGCAGUUGUUUACGAUGCAGAACAGCAAUCGCUACAACUUCUUAUCGAAGUAGUUGAACAAUGGAAACUCGGGGAAUUGAACAUAUGUUCGACUUUCAGCGAUUUCCUAACGAUGGACUGGUUCGCCUCCUGCUUCUAAUCUACUCUCCUAUAGGCUUAUGCCUGAUGUUAAUACGCAUCUUUAUAGGUGUACAUGUGUUCUUAGUAAGCUGUGCACUGCCAGACAGCCUUAUCAGACGAUGCAUUGUGAGGAUAAUGUGCUCGGUGCUUGGGAUGCACGUAAGACAAAACAACCCACGCCUAAGAGACAAACGCGUGAAACUCUACAUUUGCAAUCACGUGACAGAGUUUGACCACAACAUCAUCAAUCUUCUGACCUCCUGCAACACACCGAUGCUGGACGGCUCAGCAGGGUUUGUGUGCUGGGCCCGAGGGUUCCUGGAGCUGGGCCCGGUCCCGGCCCCCGCCCAGCUGCAGGAGGUCCUGCAGAGGUACUCCUCCUCCCCCGGCACCCCGCCCCUGCUGCUCUUCCCCGAGGAGGACACCACCAACGGAAGAGCCGGCAUGCUCAAGUUCAGCCUGUGGCCCUUCUCUGUGACUGAGAGCCUGCAGCCUGUGGCCCUGCAGGUGAAGAGGCCAUUCCUGUCCCUGAGCAUCCCAGAAUCCUCCUGGUUGACAGAACUGUUGUGGACCUUUUUUGUCCCGUAUACAGUCUAUCAUGUAAGAUGGCUCCCGGCUGUGUCCAGGCAGGAGGGAGAGACCCUGCAAGACUUCACCAAUAAAGUACAACAGCUCCUUGCAGCUGAACUCAGUGUGGCGUCUACCCAGAUCACUAAAGCAGAUAAAGCUGAGCAUAUCAAAAGGACAAGACACGUUGCUCCGCACAUCAACACGUCCAGUAAGCACACGACCUUCCACCCACGGGGGGCCCAGGUGCGUGGUGUGGACGAGGCUGGUCUCAGCAUGCUGGCCCUGCAGGUGAAGGAUGUGCUGCCUGACGUCCCCCUCAGCGUUAUCACCAGCGACCUCGUGCAAACCAACUGUGUGGACGCCACCAUCACUAACCUGCUGGAGAGGACCGAGGAGUUCUCCUCUGGGCCGACCGGAAGCUCCGCCUUCACCUCCAGCAGGAGCUCCUCAUCUGCCUCUUCUCCUCCCCCUGCUGGCAAGUGUUUUGGGAAGUCGCCAGUAGACAGACACAUGUCUCUUCAAGAGAGGAAAGAGGCCUUGUAUGACUUCGCUAGAAGGCGCUACAUUGAAAAACAUGGACUGUAAUUGGAGGACAGAUUUUGAACAAGUAGAAAUGGUUCCUAUUAGGAAAACCAUCGUUGAAAUCAAACAAUAGCAAAGACAUUUGAAAGGAUUGGAGGAAAUCAAGGAAAUUCUCUUGUUGGAUUUGUUUUUGCAACAAAAUGAAUAUUUUGAAAAUGGAUUUUAUUGACUACCCUAACUAGAGGAAUAUGUCAGGACUUCUGUGGAUUGUUUUUUUUUUUUUUUUGGCAUGAUAAGUCUGCAUGUGUCUUAAAUAAUUUGUUCUAGCAAAAAUAUAUUAUUUUGAUAAUGUGUCUUGUGAUUGUGAAACACCACAUUCUAAUUAUGUGCAGUGGUCUUGUGUAAGACAGGACACAUGGACUUCAUCAGUGAGAGUGUGUUUCUGCAAUUACAGUUUUUGAAGAAAAUAAAGUCAAUCAUCUACAAAUUUAAAA